CUGCUGAUGUCAUUUGUUUUGCUCUGUACCGGAAGCGCUGCUGUGACGUCACGGGCAAACUCAGCUGGGCGAUCUGUAAACAAACAAAGUAAAACAUCUUCGCCAUAUUCAUCACCAUUAUCACAGAGUGUUCGUUGUCAUCCGGCUGCAGCAGGCUUCUUGAACCCGUCGAUCUUUCCCGCAGCAGUGUGGGACUUCACACAAAAAUGUGAGCAGGUUCACUUUCGGUUUGCAUUUUUAUAUCAAGAUGGCUGAUGAUUUGGUGUCCUGCACGGCGGGAGCACGAGGAGCCGUUCCCUCCGCCCAGCCCUGUGCCAAGCAGAAAUACCGCAGUGAUGCCCAUUCACAGGGACUGUUAGACGGGCUCCUGAUGCUGCGACAAGGAGGGAUUCUGUUCGAUGUGGUGCUGUUGGUAGAAGGAAAGGCCAUCCAGGCUCACCGCAUCCUCCUGGCCGCCUCAUGUGACUAUUUCAGGGGCAUGUUUGCCGGCGGUUUGCAGGAGAUGCAGCAAACUGAGAUCCCUGUCCAUGGAGUCACAUACACAGCGAUGACCAAACUGCUGGACUUCAUCUACACCUCUGAGCUGGAGCUGGAUCUGGACACGGUACAGGAAGUGCUGUAUGCGGCCACUCUGCUGCAGGUCCAAGAUGUGAUCGGCUUCUGCUGCGACUUCCUGUUCUCCUGGCUGGAUGAUGACAACAUCCUGGAGGUGGAAAAGCUAGCCGACAUCUAUGGGCUGGACCAGCUCGGGGAAAAAAUUCGCUCGUAUCUACUCAAGAACAUCCAGACCUUCUCGCGUACACCGGUUUAUCGAAAGCUUCCCCCGGAAAAGAUCCUGAGUGUCCUUUCCAGCGACGAUCUGGAGGUGAACUCAGAGAGCGAGGUGUUUGAAGCAGCCCUGCACUACCAUUACACUCCUGAACAGGUGGAGAAGGAAGAGGUUUGCUUACAGGAUCCGUUGCAGUUGUUGGAAGCAGUGCGCUUCUGUCUGAUGGAGAAGAAUGUGUUGCAGCGCUUGCACAGCCGGUUAAAGCAGUGUCCGCUGCGGGACUCGGUGGCCGCUGCUCUGCGUUACCACAGUCAGGAGCUGUGGCAGCCGGUGAUGCAAACCCCACUCACUCAGCCUCGCUGCAGCUCCCAGUGCAUUGUGGGAUUCGGUGGCAUGUAUUCCUCUAGCGCACUGGUGGACAAUGAGGAGCGCUUCCAGGUGUUCCACCCCUCCUGGGGCGAGUGGUGUAGUCUGGCUGCAGACCGCGCCCCUCGCAUGUCCAACAUGGGCAUCGCGGUGCUCAAUAACUUUGUGUACUUAAUUGGUGGAGACAAGAACACCAGCAGCUUCCGUGCUGAAGCUCGAUGCUGGCGGUAUGAUCCCCGCCACAACACCUGGUGUACUAUCGAGCCUCUACGGCAACAGCACGCAGAUCAUUGCGUCUGUGUGUUUGAUAAAUAUAUCUACGCCAUUGGAGGACGAGACUACACCAAUGAACUGGACUGUGUGGAGCGCUACAACCCACAAACCAACACCUGGGAAUAUGUGGCGCCGCUGAAACGAGAGGUAUAUGCCCAUACCGGCGCAGUGAUUGAUGGGAAGAUCUACAUAGCAUGUGGUCGGCGAGGAAUGGCUUAUCUUAAGGAGACCUACUGUUACGAUCCCAGCAGCAAUCACUGGAGCAUGUGUGCCGAGGGCCCGGUGGAGCGCGCCUGGCACGGCAUGGCAGCUCUCAACGGCCGCGCUUAUGUCAUUGGAGGCAGCAAUGAUGGUUGCGGUUACCGGCGAGACGUCCUCAAGGUGGCGUGCUAUAACCCAAUAGCAGAUGUGUGGUCUGUGGUGAGCCCGCUGCCUGCUGGACAUGGAGAGCCAGGUGUGGCCGUCCUGGAUGGAUGCAUCUACAUCCUGGGUGGAAGGUCACAUGAUAAGGGCAGUCGAAUGAAGUAUGUUCACAUUUAUAACGUGGAGGAGGACCGAUGGGAGAGCGGGACAGCCCUCGAGGACCGUGUAUCUGGGCUUUCAGCAUGUGUCCUGCUAUUGCCACGAGCAGCCACGGCUCAGGCACGCAGCUGGGAGCAAAGGGCUAAAGCAUCAUGGGAAGAGGUAGACUGGGAUGACUCGGACAACUCAAGUGAGGACUGAAGGUGUUAGCGCUGCUCAGGUGGGGCGUAAAAUUGCAAAGUGAGGGAAUUGUACUUUAUUAAAUUGAGGACUUCUUGAGAAUUCUUUACUAGAUUGAGUUAUUUUAGAUUGAACAGUAUGUGUAACCAAUCAAAGCCUUUGUUGUGCCUGUCUGAAAGUAACUAAGGGUAAGUUGGAAGUGUUCUGGUUUUGAUUAUUUCCAAAUCCCACUCUUUUAUCUUUGUGGGUUAAUUUUACUGAUUCUUUUAGGUUGUUGUGCCAUUUUAGUCAUGCUGAUGAUUUUCUCAUUGUUUUACGUCCAAAGCUUCGCUCAGAGCUAUGAGAAACUGUUGGAGAUGCUAACACUGUACAUAGGGCUGGGCGACAAAACCAUUCAGUGAACAACACAAAUGAUUUAAACUAUUUUAAAGCCAGAUGAAACAGCGCUGACACUGUGGUAAACAAUACAGUCAGAAAGCUUUUCAAUCUACAAAUCGCCAUCAUGGAUUUACUGUAGAAACACCAACUGCACCAUGGUAUUGUGGCAGAAAUGUGGGACAUUCAUAUCAAAUUUUAUUAUAUUAUUAAUGUAGACAUUUAUUAAAUGCAUUAAAGAAGCAAUGGAAUAUAAGUACAGUAUUUUUUGUGAUUAAGCUAUAGCAUUUGUGCAAUUAUAAGUGCAUUUCAACUACUUUUUUUGCAUACAGAUCCAUAGAAACCAUAUGGUUACAUUUUUCCCAUGAUAUUGAGGUGCUGUAUGUGUGGUUUUAACUGUAGUUCUCAUGAUGUAAAUGUAUGCUACUAUGGAAGACCAGUGAUUUAAUAUUAGUAAAACUCACAGUCCGAAUAAUCACAUUUCACAAUAUAAAAAUUAGAGUGUUACAAUUUUUACAGAUGUCACUGUUUUUGAUAAUGAGCAUACAUUUACAUCUCAAGCUACUACUACUGUCACCUCAAGCUACCCUCAAGUGUUCAUUUCUAAACCAUAAAAAAAAUUAUAUUAUUAUUAUUGCAGCCUACACUGCAAACUGCUGAAGACACACGUCAUCAAACUCAGGCGACACAAACCUGGUUCAUGAUUUGAAACAAUAUCACUCAUUAAAACAAGCGGAAAAAUGACUGGAAAAGUGUGAAAAUUUCAAAAGCGUGAAGUGUUUGUCAUGUUCUGAUCAUAAGGAGUCGUUUAAAACCAUAAUUAACAAUCUGGUUUCUACAACUUUCACUCUGGAUAAAAAAAUCUGCCUUUUUAACUUUGAAAUUUAUAGUGAUAAUUAUCUAUAUCGACUGAUAUGAAAACAUUUAUUGUGAUACUUUUUUAUCCAUAUCGCCCAGCCCUAACUGUACAUGCACUUUACAAAUAUUAAGUUUAUGAUUAUGGUGCCUUUAUUUUACAGAUGUGUUUUGGUAAGCCCAAUGCCUUUUUUAUUAAUAGAUAUUAAUUAAGUGCAAUAACAAUUUUCAAAAGAGUAAUGGAAAUGGUGAAGAAGUGGUAAACAGGAUGCUCUAGUGCAGGGGUCGGCAACCUUACACACACAUGUACUACCAUUAGUGGAGUAAAUAUUGGCCCAAGAGUUGAUCAAAUGUGUCAUAAAAGUAGUAAAGUUGUAAAAUGUUAUAACAUUUUAAAAGUUUUCUAUUUGAAUGUAUUUUAAAAUGUAAUUUAUUCCUGUGAUGCAAAUCUGAAUUUUCAGCAU